AUGAAAUCAUUAGCUGGUCUUAUGCACUCUUUGGAGAUGUCUUGGUACCACUGUCCGCUUACCACCCUCAAACUCAUAUGCCUUUUGAGGAACACUAAUUAUUUGAGAAAUCAAAGAAGAGAGGAGUUCUAUUUUGCAGCUAUUUGGCUCCACCAUUACCACCCUAAAACGCUAGCAUGCAAUUUGAAGACUUUUGCCAAAUUUGCGUGUUUGAAAGACUUGCUGGAAAUCCUCUUACGGAUUGUCAAUGGCAGCACCAUGAAACUUGAAACUUAUGACAUAAUCUACAGCAGGGAAGAACUUAUAAGGAGAGAGCGAAAGCUUAGAAGAAAGGCUGUGAAAUAUAAGACGAAUACUGAGCAAGAGAAGGCUACAGAGAGAAAUGACAAAAUAAAUAGGAUGGCGAAAAACGCCAUUGAGAGGUACAAGUAUGAUCCAAAGUACCGUUUCUUAUAUGAUCGGAUUUCUGAUCUCUUUGUUGAGCUACUUAAGGCUGACCUUGAGCACUUGAAUUCUGGGUGGAUAGAAAAAAUUAGUUUGGCUUCAAAAUGGUGCCCUUCUCUUUACUCUUCUUAUGAUCGUUCAACUUUAUUUUGUGAGAGUGUUGCUCGGAGGCUUUUCCCAUAUGAUUCUUGUCCUGAAUACAAAGGGAUUGAUGAGGAUCACUACGUUUACAGAGUCCGAAAUCGAUUACAGAAAGAAGUUCUUGUCCCACUUCGCAAAGCCCUGGAGUUACCAGAAAUUUAUAUGAGUGCCAAUCAAUGGAACUUGCUUCGAUAUGAUCGAAUCUCGUCUAUUGCGUUGAGAAAUUACAGGCAGGCAUUCUUUAAACAUGAUCGUGAAAGGUAUUUGCAGUACCUUCAAAAUGUGCAGGGCCCUGAAAUGCCGAAAACCACAGCCAAGGAUGAAGUAAUGAGGGAGAAUUUUGAAAGGAAUGGGCAUGUGAUGCCAGAAACUUUGCAUUGGGACGUUAGUAACCAUGGACCGCCUCCGCUAGUUCCAGCUGUGGUCUCACUUGAGGGUGGUCUAACACACAUAAGUAGUCUCUCAAAGAAAAGUUUCAGAGUUUCAUUGGAGGGAGAUGGAACCCUGAAUUUGAGGGCUAUGAUGGAAUCGGAGAUUAGCAGUGUAGAUGACUCAGAACUUUUAGUGUACGAUUGA